AUGUCCGUUCUUGCUCUUUCGGCGCGGCACAAGGCAAAUGCAGCUCGAGCGUUCAAUCAGUCUGAAUCAGCAAUACAUUCCGGGCUUGGAUUGCAGGAUGCCAGCUACGACGCUCUUCACUUCAAAUAUACUGCGAUACAGGGACUCUCAAGGGCGCUGGGAACAGCAAGGCCGGCCCAGAAAGAUAUAAUAGCUGCCAGCGCGUUCCUCUUGAUCUUUCUUGAUCUCCUGGAGUCAGGAAGUGACAAGUGGAACUUUCACCUGGAAGGCAUCAAAAGCGUAAUCGCCCAAAUCCCAGCAUCUCAGGCACCACGUACGAUGACUUCGCAAGAUAUGGGCACCACCAUCCAAGGAUUACGUGACUUCAUUCUCAGGCAGAUUUACUUGAUCGACACGUUCGGAGCGACAUGUACACGUCCUCGGCUACUCUCCUGUUCGACUCCUCCAUCACAAUCAGUCACGCCUCUCGAAAUGAGCGUUGACAGGGCGUUUCUGGGAUGCCCUGACCAAAUAUUAGGCGCUCUGCGGGUCUUCUCAACUUCAAGGGACAUUCUUAUGAGGUCAGAUCGCUCUGACACGGUUGACUUGUAUCCGUACACGCAGGAAGUAAGGAUGAUGCUUGAUUCUACGCAGAGCUUUGACUGCCACACCUGGGCCUCAGGUUUACUCCAGCCUCAUUCGUGGACCCAACCGCUUGGAAUGCUCGACAAGGUGGCGCAGUCGUAUAAGCUCGGCGCUCUGAUAUAUGGCAAACGCGUUCUUGAUGCCUUGACUGGAGACACGAGAGCAGUGAUUCCCUAUUCAAGUGCAUCCUGUGGCCUUUGUUUGUUGCGGGAUUGGAAUCCCAACAAGGAGCUCACAGAGACUUCGUGA